CACUUUUUAUUGCGUAGGCGAGCUCGCGCUGCUGCACACGCUGUCGACGUGCAACAUGAACGCUUAACGAGACGAAAGCAUUUUUGACGGCAACCAGGACCAAUAAUGAGUCGCUUCACCCGGCGCCUACUCAGCCGCGAAGUUGAUGUCCUCCAGACGCAUCGCGACCAGCUCGCGCGGCGCGCGGCGACGCGCGUGCUGCGGGCCAUGGCCGGCGUGACGCGGCAACGCACGCUGCCGACGCUGGCGCAGACGCUGCGGGACUACGCGGACAAGGCGAACAACAGCGGCGCGCGGCGGUUCCGCGCCGGCUCGUUCAUGGCCGCCGUGGAGCGGCGGCUGCAAUGGGGCUUCGGCCGCACGCGGCCGCUGCUCGACGAGUUUCUGCGGCGCGACGACUUUGGCGACGGCGAGCGGCCCGAGCCGGACGUUGCGCUGCCGGCCGACGGCCCCGGCGACCCGUAUUGCCCGCGGCCGCCGCCCGCCGAGGAACUCGCGGCGCUGACGCUGGGCGUGGCGGCUCGCCUGCCCCCGGUGAUCGCCGCCGGCGCGGCGGCGACGCGCGCGCGACGGAUGCGCUCGCGAUUAAGGCGGCACUCGGCAUCGCGUGACUUUGAGCCCCCAAAGCCGGCCGAAAUACGACGAGCACUCGAGCCCGUCGUCGCGUCGCUCGGCGUCGGCGACGCGGCCGGCGUCGUGGCCGCCGUCGGCGUCGAGGCGGCGCCCGCGCGCGCGGUGGCGGCGGCCCGCGCGGCGGCGACGACGCUCGGUUGCGACGCCGACGCCGUGCUGUCCGCGGUCGCCGGCGCCGAGGCGGUCGCAAGGCAAGCUCGAGACACGUGCCCGCCGCUCGCGCGGCACAAGCUCGAGCAGUCGCUCAGGCGAACGCGCGGCGAGGGCGACUGUGCCGGUGCCGUCGAGGCGCUCGGCGUCCACGCCGCGCUCGGGGCCGGCCGCGCGGUCGUCGAGCUCUGGCGGACCGCCGCGCCGCUCGAGAGCUGCGCCGAGGACGCCGCGCGCCGCGCCGCCGACGUCGCGCUCGCCGAGGCGACGCUCGCACGGGCUGCGCGCGACUGGCGCGCGUUCGAAGCGCCGGGCGUCGAGGCGCUGCUCGCGCUGCGGCCGCGCUUCGUCGAGGCGCGGCGGCGGCGCGAGCUCGAGGCGGCGCUCGGCGCGGAAGCGCAGCCGCCGGCGGACGACGACGACCGCAUCGGCCCGCGGCGGCGGACGGCGACGGAAGCGCCGGGCCCGGCGGUCCAGGUCGCGGUCGCGGCGCGCGCCUCGGCCGCGACGGCGACUUCGGAGGCGCGCCUGGCGGUCUUCGUGGAAAACCUGCCGGGCGACGCGACGGCCAGCGAGGUUGCCGCGGCCUUUGAGCGGGCGGGCGCCGUCGCCGACGUCGAGCUCUUUGCGAGCGCGCCGGCCGCGGCGACCGCGGCGACCGGCGGCCGGCGCGGCGCGGCUGCCGCCGACAGCCGCGCGCCCUACAAGCUGCGGCUCUCCGCGCCGACUCGCUCCGCGACGGCGGCGCUCGUGACCUUUGCCGACGAGGCCGGCGCGCGCGCGGCGGCGCACCCCGCGCUGCGCGUCUUCGGCGUCGUCGUCCGGAAGCGGCCCUGCCGGACGACGCCCGCGUCGGACCUGCGAAGCCUCUUCGUCCACCGCCUGCCGCCGGCGCUCGGCGAGGACGGCCUCGCGGCCGCGCUCGGCGCCGCGCUCGGCGACGACCUGAACGUCCGCGUCUGGCGCGACGGCGGCCUCGAGGCGUCGGACCACGCUCGUUUACGGUGCCGGACGCACGAUCUGGCGUUGCUUGCCUGGCGCCGCCUCGCCGCCUCCGAGUUCGGGCCGAACCUGUCUUGGACGCAGACGGCGCCUUUCGUGGAUGGGGAAGCGUGA